CUACCAAAAAGAAAAAAACUCAUUCUUUAAAAUUUGGGAACUUGACCCGCCGCCGACACCGGCCGGCGAAUCCAGUAGAACAGCGACGGCGAUUUCUCCGUCCAAAAGCAGAAGAAACCGAUUCAUCUACUUCCCACAAAGAUAAAAUACUCUUCCUUUCUUGAUUCAUAGCGACGCUGAUUGUAUUCAUGAACGAUUCCACUUCAUCUCCAAUCUCAGUCAAGGGGGGACGAGAAAGUUACCUCCAUGAUCACACCAGCACCAAUUACCAGAUUGGAAGCACUUCUGGAAGCUUCCAGAACGAGGGUUUCCUCGACGGAAUCAGCAGUGACUCCGAAUUCUCCUUCACCCGGACUGGGUUUCGUCAGACUCCCUUGGUCGGGACCGUCGAGACCUACGAUCGUCAUGUCUUCCUCUGCUACAAGAAUCCUCAGGUUUGGCCUCCUCGUAUUGAAGCCUCUGAAUUCGAUCGUUUGCCUAGGCUUCUGUCUUCAACUCUUGCCUCCAGGAAAGCCCAGAUGAAGAAAACGACACGGUUAACCAUAUGCGAGGGGCACGAUGGAACCGAGACAUCAAAUGGCGAUGUAUUAAUCUUUCCAGACAUGAUCAUAUACAGGAGAUUGACACACUUUGACGUUGAAAUGUUUGUUGAAGAAGUUCUGGUAAAGGACGGAGAUUGGCUUCCUGGAAUUCCUGAGUCCCUAAGGGGCUUCUAUGUUUUCGUUUGUGCUCAUGGGUCCAGGGACCAGCGUUGUGGUGUUUGUGGACCACCCCUGAUCGCUAGAUUUAGAGAAGAUGUAGAAUUACGCGGCCUUCAGAAUAAACUGUCGGUUAGCCCAUGCUCCCACAUUGGAGGACAUAAAUAUGCAGGGAAUGUGAUCAUAUUUGGACCAACCAUGGAUGGGAAUGUAACUGGUCAUUGGUAUGGGUAUGUAACACCUGACGAUGUGCCUUUGUUGCUAGAACAUCAUAUUGGGAAGGGAGAAAUUGUUGAUUAUCUUUGGAGGGGACAGAUGGGUUUAUCAGAAGAAGAUCAGAAGACAGCCCAGGAGACUAGACUCAAACAAAACGGAUUGGCGAGUUUUGGAAGAAGCAUGAAUAAAUCCGAAACUGGAUCGACUAAUAGUUGUUGCCAAACAAAUGGAAGGCGCCUCUAUUGCUGUCAGAAUACCUCAUCCCAAGAAAAAACAAACGGAAGUGGCAGAAACAACGAGAAAAGGACAAAGACAAGAUCCGAGAAUGAUGAUAACAAUAAAAGUACAAGUAAAAAGAGGAGCAGUUAUAGUAGAAAAGUUUUUACUAGAAGAAUCUGCAACAUGCCUACUUGGUUCGAGAGCUGGGAGCGUGAUGACACUUAUGCCACUCUUUCUGUUGUUGUUGCUGCGGUUUCAGUUGCAUUCGCAUAUGGCUACUAUAAGCGGAUGAACUAGAUUUGGGUUAAUGGGUAUAGUUAGACAAUAAUAUGUAUAUAUUCUUAUCAAUUAGAAUUUGAUAUAAAAUGAACAUGUUCAGUCUU